UGGUUGCCCUCGCCAACGGUCCAGAACACAAUCUCUUGCUUUGCAUGCCGGAAAAACGCUGCCAAAUACUAUUACCUCCCAGCAGACCCAUAGUUCUCAAACGCUGCUUUGCAAUGCUCCACGCAAUUCUCCCCGUCUUCCGCGCAAGCGACUUUGAAGAAUUUGUGGGGAGAAGAUGGAGUAAAAAUAGACACGUGGAUUUUCUUUCCUAUUCGGGAAACACUUUAUGCUCGAUUGGGUCAGAUGGUCUGUGCCAUGUACAAAUUUUGUCGACCCGGAGCCUCUUUGAGCCUCACUAA